CUUUCUUACAUAAAACCCCCCUCUCUUUUUAUAUUCCUUCUUGUGCUGCAACUGCUGUUUAAUUUCAUUCACCACCACCUGCGACUGACAAUCACUGACAUUCUUUAUUUUCUUGGAUGGCAAAUAAUUCUCAGUAUCCUGGCAUACAGCCGCCCCGACCACCUAUUUCUCCUAUGGGGCCUCCUCCAAACGCUUAUCCACCGGUGCCAAUGCAAUUCCGUACAGCAGGUCCCCCACGACAACCACCUCCAUAUAUGCCGAUGAUGUCUCAGCAGUUUAUGCCUGUAGGGAGGCCAAAUAUGAUGUCUCAGCCAAUGCAGCACCUACCUCCAAGGGCUGCAUUACCGGCGCUUGGCAUGGUGCCACCUCCUUCAACGCCACCUGCACCCCAAUCUUUUUCAGGGCCUGAUGGUCAACCUAGCAGGCCUGUAAUGUCUGUAUCACCACAGCCCCAACAUGUGGUCCCAAUGCCUAAUGGUUACAUACCCGCUCAGAGUGGCCCACGUGUUGCUCCUCCGCUAGCAUACAAUCUAUCCACAUCAGCAAAUGCACCAGUACAUGGAAAUGCGGAAGCAGCUAGCCAGUACCAACCAACACCAUUGAUUAAUAUGCCUAGUUUUCCUCUAGGUGUAUCGACUGGGGCACCUGUGUUGCAGCCAGCCGAGCAGACUUCAGCUGCACCCACUAUCCUAGCUACAACGGAUUUACCCAAAGCUGUUGAAAGGCCUCCUUCAGAUUGGAUUGAACAUAUUUCUCACAAAGGGAAAAGAUAUUACCACAACAAAAAGACAAAGCAGUCUAGCUGGGAAAAGCCUCUUGAUUUAAUGAGCCCGACUGAGAGGGCUGAUGCAACUACAAACUGGAAGGAAUGUCAUGCUCCUAGUGGGAAAAAGUAUUACUACAACAAGGUUACUAAGCAAUCAAAGUGGAGGUUACCUGAUGAACUUAAGUUGGCUCGGGGACAAGUGAUACAAAAAUGUACAGUUGAAGAACAGAAGUCAAUGAAGCAUCCUGAUAAUGAAUCCUUGAUUCCAUCAGUAACUCCUGGGGCAGAUAGUCCAUCUUCUCGACCUCAUGAACCGCCAUUGAGCCCAGUUUCGGUGGCUCCUUCUAUUGCAGCUGUGCAAUUAGGAUCUUUGGUCACUUCUGAGUUGUCAGUGGAAUCCGUAGAGCCUUCUAAACUGACAACAAAUGAAGAAGCAGUGGCGCCUGCUAUGCUGCCCAAUCCUGUUGCACCACCACUGGAUAACACCGAGGAUGUUUCAAUGGAAGAUGCUAUAAUCCAUGAAAAUGAAACUCCUGUUGGUACCAUUGAGGAACCCAAGGGAAACAUUGUAAUGAAUGAUAGUGCUAAUGUUGCUGCUUCAGAAGAAAAUGCAGUUGAUCAGGAAACCCAAGUUUAUGACAAUAAACAGGAGGCCAAAAAUGCAUUCAAGGCACUUCUGGAUAGUGUAAAUGUUGCUUCUGACUGGACCUGGGAGCAGGCAAUGAGACUAAUCAUCAACGACCGGAGAUAUGUUGCUCUCAGAUCACUUGGGGAGCGAAAGCAAGCUUUUACUGAGUAUGUAGGUCAAAAGAAAAAACAGGAAUCAGAAGAAAGGCGGAAUAAACAGAAAAAGGCACGAGAAGAAUUUAAAAAAAUGCUAGAGGAUUCAAAAGAGAUUACAUCAUCAACUAAAUGGAGCAAAGCGAUUGCAAUCUUUGAGGAUGAUGAUCGCUUUAAAGCUGUUGAGAGACCAAAAGAGCGUGAGGACAUCUAUGACGAGCAUCUAAAGGAAAUUGAGAAACAGGAGCGGUCUAAAGCGUUGGAGGAGAACAAGAGAAACAGAAAGGAUUACAUUGAAUUUUUAAAAUCUUGCGACUUCAUUACGGCAAGCAGUCAGUGGCGGAGAGUGCAAGAUCGUUUAGAAGCGGAUGAAAGUUGCCUACGCCUUGAAAAAAUUGACCGCUUAGAAAUUUUUCAAGAAUAUAUACGUGAUUUAGAGAAGGAGGAAGAAGAACAGAGAAAACUACGGCUGGAAGAAUUAAGGAAAAAUGAACGAAAAAACCGUGAUGAGUUUCGCAAGUUGAUGGAUGAACAUAUUGCUUCUGGCAUGCUUACUGCAAAAACUCACUGGCGUGACUAUCUUAUUAAGGUAAAAGAUUUACCUGCAUAUUUUGCUGUAUCGUCAAACACUAAUGGUGCCACACCAAAAGAUCUUUUUGAUGAUGUAAUAGAGGAGCUAGAGAAGCAGUUUAUUGACGACAGGGAUCGAAUAAAAGAAGCAGUGAUGAUGAAAAAGGUCUCUAUAUUAUCUACAUGGACUCUUGAAGACUUCAAGAAUUCAAUUGCUGAAGAUAUUAGCUCACCUGCAGUUUCAGAUGCUAAUUUAAAGAUUGUAUUUGAUGACUUACAUGAGAGAGUUCGAGAGAAGGAGGAGAACGAAACUAAAAGGCGUAAACAUCUUGCAGAUGACUUUUACCGGUCUUUGACUACCUCCAAGGAUAUUAGUUCAUCUUCACGCUGGGAGGACUUUAAGCCCCUUUUUGAAAGUAGAUUCCAAAACUGGUUUACUAUUGAAGAAAGCUUUUUUAGAGAAAUAUAUGACAAAUACAUAGCAGAACUAAAGAAAGAAAGAGAAGAAAGGAAGCACCGGGAGGAUAAGGCUAAGGGUAGAGAUAGAGAUAGGAGAAGAAGGGAAAAGGAUAGAGGUAAGAAAGAUAAACGUAGAAAGGAUGAAAUAGAUAAUGAUGAUGGUGAUAAUAGAGAAGACAAGGAAAAAAAGCAUCGGAAGCGUCAUUUGGAUGAUACGAGCUUAGAUGAGACCAGAGAUACUCAUAGACAUAGUGCUGAACGAAAAAAGUCAAAGCAGUUGGAGCAACAAUCAUCUGCUUUGGUAGAACAUGAGAACAGACACAAAAGACACAAGAGAGACCAUAGACGUGGUGGUGACCACGAUGAUCAUAAAGUAGGUGAAGAUGGUGAAUUUCGGUAGUUAUUUUUAACUGUUUCUCAUAUGUAGUCAUGUAGAUAAUUGUAGCCUCUAUAUAAAUCUUACCAGUUGCCGCUUUUGUAGAUUAUAUAUCUUCCUUCUUUACUUACCUACCUUA